AUGGCCUUCCCAACCUUCCUCCCCAUUCUCCUCGCUCUCGCUGUCUCGCUCCCCACCCCCUCAGUUUGUGCAGAGGAGAUUCCGGGCCAAGUUGUGACAGAAGCAUUGAGAUGUUUUGACAAUAAAUUUAUAUAUAAUGGGUGUGACAGUGGUUAUAGAUUGAACCCAAGUGGGAGUUUCAAUGUCCCUCCUGAAGCUACCAAUCUGUUCUGCAGCGGACCGUGCUUGGUGGAAACACGACUUGUGCUCGACUGCCUCGACGACGCAUUUGGAAACUUCUUGUUUUACAACAAAGCCAUGGCGCAAAACGUCCGUAAUGCCCUCCGCGCCGGCUGCAGCUACUCAAGCCAAAGAGGGAACUUCAAUCCAGGAUUGUUCAUGCAAGGUGAAAUCAGCAAAGCCCACAGCUUCCAAAAAUGGCUCACCUAUUGUAUUAUUUUGCUUGUUGGAUGUUGUUUUUUCAUCUUAUAA